AUGGCCAACCAGUUGGAUAAGAACUCAACGGUGGUGCGAAAACAGCUAGAAAAGCAUGCAUUUCUGGGAGACGAUGGCGAAGAGUACGGCGCGAGCACGUUUGGGGAGUUUGGAGACUAUUUUCGGAGAAAGAAGAUCAAGCUCCAAAACGAAGACUAUUUGAUGCGACAGGCUGUGCAGGGAAGGCCUCAAAUCUUCAAGGGAGUAGUGGCCCAUGUGGCCAGCUACACCCAACCGCCACCAGAAGAGCUGCGUCGGCUUCUAGUCUUUCAUGGUGCCGGCUACAUCAAAUAUUUGGACUAUAAGACUAUGGUCACACACAUUAUCGCUUCAACAUUGCCACCAAAGAAGGCAGAUGAAUGGAGGAGAUUGCGUGUGGUGCAACCGGCUUGGGUCGUCGAUUCCAUAGCAGCCGGAAAGCUGUUGCCGUGGCAAAACUAUCUAUUGAUCGGUGAAGGCCCCCGGCAAAAAAGGAUCCAACUUAACGACGGCGGGUUGGUUGUACAGGAUGGCCAGGCCAACCAGAUGGCUGGAUAUCGAGUCCAGAGCAAGGCCAGCUACUAUACAGACGAUAUACAGAAGCAUUCUACGGUACUGCAGAACGACGAGGUCCACAAGAUCCUUUCCUCUGUACACGAUGCCCACAGCCCAGAAAAAGGACUUGAUAACCUAGACGUGGACAUGGACAUGUUGCCAGAUGGAGAUGACUCGGGCGAGGAGCAAGACGCCGAGGCCUCUACGGGCCUACUUCCAAGUCCGCAGAAGCCGGAUGCCAUGACAUCAGAAGAGCACAAUGCCUGGCUGCUGUCUGACCCCAAGAUACGGAAGUCGUCUACAGCGAAUCCUGACUUUCUCAAGCAGUUCUAUUCGGAGAGCCGUCUUCACCACCUGUCAACAUGGAGGGCAGAGCUGAAGUCCAAGAUGCAGCGACUCGCAGCAGAAAAGGGGGCGACAGCACCUGCCAAAUCCAGCAAGCAGAAACCCGGAGCCCGCCGGUAUAUCAUGCAUGCUGAUUUUGACAGCUUCUUCUGUGCUGUCUCCUUGAAGAGUGCGCCGGAGUAUGCCGGCAAAUCUGUGGCAGUUGCUCACUCUUCGGGAAGCGCGUCUGAGAUUGCUUCUUGCAAUUAUACGGCGCGGCAUUUUGGCGUCACGAAUGGCAUGUGGAUGAAGAGAGCCUUGGAGCUUUGUCCAGACCUAAAGGUUCUUCCGUAUGAUUUUCCUGCGUACGAGGAGGCGAGCCGCUUGUUCUACGAAGCCAUCCUUCAGGUUGGCGGUGUUGUGCAAAGCGUCAGUGUGGAUGAAGCCCUCAUGGACAUUACGAGCAUUGUGCUUACAGCCGCUGGAUCGACUGGAGCCGGUACUGAUGAGGGCAGUAUCUGGCGGGAGCAAGAGAUAGCCGACAGCAUAGCGACAAAGCUACGACAACGCGUCCUAGAGAGAGCCGGGUGUCCUAUAUCGGUCGGCAUUGGUGGCAACAUUUUGCUGGCCAAGGUAGCGCUGCGGCGAGCGAAGCCAGCCGGACAGUUCCAGGUGCGACCUGGGGAAGUGUUGGAGAUUUUGGGUGGUCUGAAAGUGGAGCAGCUGCCGGGGGUUGCGCAUAGCAUCAGAGGAAAGCUCGAAGAGAUUGGCGUGAAGCUGGUCAGUGACCUCCGCGGCGUGUCGAGAGAGCGUUUGGUGGGCUCGCUUGGCCCCAAGACGGGCGAACGGCUGUGGGACUAUGCGCGAGGCAUCGACCGGACUGAGGUAGGAGGCCAUCCGGUGCGCAAAUCUGUGUCGGCUGAGGUGAACUGGGGCAUCCGAUUUGUCAGCCAGGAGGAGGCGGAGGAGUUUGUGCUGAAUCUCUGCAAAGAGCUGGAGCGACGAUUGCUAAACGAACAAGUCCGGGGCAAGAACCUGACAAUGAAGAUCCUGAAGCGGGCUGCAAAUGCACCGCUGGAGCCUGAAAAGCACCUCGGGCAUGGUCGUUGCGACGUUUAUAACAAAAGUGUGGUAUUCGGUGUGGCAACGCAUAGUGCCGAGGCCAUCGGCAAGGAGGCUGUGUCGAUCCUGCGGUCAUUCCGGUUCAGCCCCGGUGACCUGCGCGGUUUGGGAGUGCAGCUGCAAAAGCUGGAGCCGAUCAAGCCGAUCAAGUCGAUGGCAGCGGCGCCUGAUGGGAGCCAGAAGAAGCUGUCAUUUGGUGGUGCAGAGAAGAGGAGCACUGACGGCGGCCAAUUGUCGCCGGGGGAGGUUCCUGCCUUGGCCAGCACGCAAUUCGUUCUGCCUCGAGACGUGGACCCGAGUGUUCUGGCAAUGCUACCUGCGGAGAUUCGGCGGCAGCUUGUGGCAGAGCCAGAAGUGAUUGAGUCCAAAGUAAGCGACGAUACUGGCAAUGGUAGAAACAGCAUCAGAAGCACGAGCGGCCCCAACGAAAGCGGCAGCAGGCACCAAUCGCCAAUCAAGAUGUGGUCCAGGGUGCAAAGUCCAGUGAGAGCAGCUGUGACUAGUUUUGCAACGGACGACAUGCCAGCCGACAUCGAUAUGGAUGUGCUGGGUGAACUUCCGGAGGAUCGACAACACGAUGCAGCGGCCAAUCGGGCUCAAUCAACCUUUGUUGCGGAAAGUAGGCAGCCACACGCUGGCAGUAACCAGGAGACUGAAAAUAACGGCACGCCACUGCUGGAGGAGCCAGAUCCGGCUGUCCUGGCUGCGCUUCCAGAGGACAUCCGAGCAGAGGUCUUGGCGGAUUACCGACAGAGACGGCUGGAGCAUCAGCAGGAGAUGGCGACAAAGGGAUUGCUGCGGUUGGAAAUACCGGUAGUGGUGGCACGACGAGGAGCUGGCGAUGGCGAUGGCGGCGGAAGCAGCGUUGACAAGAUGCAAGCGAUGCUACAAUUCCCAGCAAUGCCAGCCAAGAUGACUUUGGGGGCAACAGCGUCAGGAUCUCGGCUGUUGUCUGUGCAGGAGACCAAAAGCAUGAUCCGAACAUGGCACGAGGCUACAUGCGAAGAGGGCCCACACGAAGCGGACGUGGAGGUGCUAGAGCGGUUUCUGGUCGGUGUCGUGUUAGAGGAACGAGACAUGGACAAGGUGCGGAAGCUGAUUGCCUGCUUGGAAUGGCUAGUUGAAGAGGGGGUCGAGAAAGACGGGGAGGAUGGCGAGGGAAAGAGCCUGGGAAGACGGGCCUGGCGGCUGGCUGUGACGCAGAUGAAGGAUGCAGUGCAGAAGGCGAUGGGAACGAGGGGACUGGGGCCGAUGCAGUUUGGAUGA